AAAUAAUUUCCCUGAAGAUCUCUUCUUUUAUCAAAAUUUCCAGUUAAUAUACAAUUGUAUAUAAUCUUUUUUAAUGCAAGCAUUUCCUUCCUAGUCAUUCUUAAAUCGCUUUUCUCACUUUCAAUUUUAUUCCUGUAUGUUUUCUGUUUCUCUAAAGUACCCUUCCACAGUUUUGUUAUCUUAUUGGACUUUCCAUAGAACGGUUUCCAGUGUAUUUCUGCUGUCAUUUUUAUAGUUUUUAAAUUUUUGCUUUCCUUAAGAGUUCCUCCCAUAUUUUGAUUUGAGUGUUUAACUUUUUGGGUGAUUUUUAAAAAGUAAAGAACUUACAUUACUAAUUUCAUGAUAAAUUUAGUUUUGAAUGCGCUAAUGCCUUACUCUAAUGUUCUGAUUUUAAUCUUUUCUCAAUAAUUGUGUUUUCCUAUUUUUGUUUUUGAUAUGAUCAUUACUCAGGAGAACUCUUUUAAUUCUGAGGAGACAGAGUUUUCUGUUCACUCUUGUUAUUUCUUUUUAAAAAAUAUAUAUUUUAUUGUUUUUUUACAGAGAGGAAGGGAGAGGGACAGAGAGCUAGAAACAUUGAUGAGAAACAUCAAUCAGCUGCCUCCUGCACGCCCCCCACUGGGGAUGUGCCCGCAACCAAGGUACAUGCCCUUGACUGGAAUCGAACCUGGGACCCUUCAGUCCGCAGGCUGACGCUUUAUCCACUGAGCCAAACUGGUCAGGGCUUGUUAUUUGUUUAUAGUUUAUUAUAAUGUGGCUUAAAAUUAUACCUAUAUUUUAGACUUGACUGAUGAUUAAAAAUGUUUAAAGUGUUUAAUAGAACUUUAUGAAGUCUUGGGAAUAAUAGGAGUUACAGUUUACUAAACUGAAGUUAAAAGCAAAGCCCAAAGCCACCCGACCACAACAAAAAUCCCUUUAAAGCCAGUACUAGAUAGAUGGCGCUCUUCCCCAGUCUCUGAGGUGAGGUGGGACAGAACCCCCUUUCCAAGCACCGGGCUCCACUCUCCUCUGGGGAAGAACCCAGGACUGCACGGUGUUUGAUGACUCAUGCUGGGUGAAUUCUUGGAAGAUGGUUGUUGACAGGUUCUGGGCCCUGCAGUGGGCUGGGUGGGAGACUGUGAGGCCCUGAGCCGCUGCUGGGACUGGCUGUGCUGGCUGGGUGGGCAGAAAGGAGGCAGGCCUCAUACCGAGUACAUUCCUUCUGGAGAACUGUUUUUUGAGGAAAGCACUGCUGGGGAUAGAGUAGUAGGCACAUUUUAGGGUUUAAUUUUGUAAUAUAGCUCUUAAACUAUUUUUUCAAAUAUACAUACUCGCUUUAUGACUAGGAGAAAAAGCCAUGACAUAGGGGUAGAAAAGGAUUUCAUAGACCACAGAGGAAUUGAUAGGUUAAAUUUGACAUGUUAAAAUUUUAAAAAGCCUGCAUGAUAAGAGUCACCAUAAAAAAGGGGUUAAAGGGGGAUAAGGACACAUAUGUAAUACCUUAAUCAAUUAAAAAAAAUCACACAGAGUUAAAAUAUCAGCAAGGCACCCACUGAGAGAAGACGUUUUAUCAACAAGGCAUUAGGAUGCAGAGUACAAAAGGAACUGCUACAAAUCAUUUAACCAAAAAAUAAUGAGCAAAGAAGAGGCAUAGAUAUUUCACAGAAUGGAAACCUGAGCAGCCCAUGGACGCACAAGAUGUUCAAGGUCACCAAGGAUCAGGGAAAAGCCAUCUGUCAUCAUCAGCUUGGUCUGUACAUACCACGGAGUGAUCAGAAGCUGCUGUGUGCACAGGGCCACCACUGCUGCUGUAGGAAACAAAAUCAGCUGGCCCUGGCCGGUUUGGUUCAGUGGGCAGGACGUUGGCUUGCAGACUGAAGGGUCCCGGGUCUGAUCCCGGUCAAGGGCAUAUGCCUGGGUUGCGGGCUUGAUCCCCAGUAGUGGGUGUGCAGGAGGCAGCCAAUCAGUGAUUCUCAUCAUUGAUGUUUCUAUAUCUCUCUUCCUCUCUGAUAUAUAGAAAACAAAAAUCACUGUACCUAUGUGUGUGCAUAUCUGCGUGUGCUAGGAAAUGGUUAAAUGAACCAGUUAGCUACCCAGUAACUCAACAUGGAUAAAUCUCAAAAAAGAUGCUGCAGCCAAAAGGUCUACUGCAGAAUCAAACGGGCAUAGGUUGAUACCAUUACAUAAAAGUGGAAAAGCAUGUAAAGGUCACUGUACUGGGUGUGGAUGCGUGGUGGGCAGAAGCUCCUGAGGCACACAUGCUUGCUGGGCCCAUACACUCAAGGCUGGUGGCUUCCUUGGGCAGGGGCGGGGCCCACAGUUGCUGCACCCGCAUCUUUCACCUUCUCCAGAGGGGAAUGGGGAGGGCUCUGAAGAUGGGGAUGUGAGCAGGUGUCAGAGCUUGGGGUAGGGUGUACAAGUGUUCUUAAAGUGUCCUUCACACUUUGGGGGAUGUUUUAGGAACAUCAGCCUGACCUCUCCUCCCUUUCCUCCCUGUCCCAGUUCCCGAUAUGGGAAGGUUCACCAGCAUCCCCGAGGUGCCCUCCCAGCUGCAGACAUCCUCCCUGGAAGACCUGCUGUGCUCGCACGCCCCCCUCUCCAGAGAAGAUGACACUUCCCCAGGCUGUGUGACUUCCUCCCAGGUGUCCUUCAAGGCUUUCCUCAGCCCCCAGGAGCUGCACACGUCGCGAAGCACUGACAGGAAGCUGUGCCCACUCCUGAACCCCUUGCAGGACCCACUGGAGCCCAGGGAGGUGACCCGGCCCAAGAAGGUGUGCUUCUUAGAGAACAAUCUGCCCUCGGGAGACAGGACCAGGAGGAGCUACUACCUUAAUGAGAUCCACAGCUUCAGCAGCUCGGAGAAGGACGGGCGCAUCGUCGGGGAGAUCGCCUUCCAGCUGGACAGGCGCAUCCUGGCCUACGUCUUCCCCGGGGUGACCCGGCUCUAUGGCUUUACCGUGUCCAACAUCCCUGAGAAGAUCAAGCAGACGUCCAUCAAGUCCCUGGACGGCUCUGUGGAUGAGAAGAAGCUGCGGGAGCUGACACACCGCUACCUGACGCUGAUGGCGCGCCUGGAGAAGCUGGGCUACAACCGCGAGGUGCACCCCGUGUUCAGCGAGUUCCUCAUCAACACCUAUGGCAUCCUGAAGCAGCGGCCCGACCUGCGCGCCAACCCGCUGCACAGCAGCCCGGCCGCCCUGCGCAAGCUGGUCAUCGACAUCGUGCCCCCCAAGUUCCUGGGCGACUCGCUCCUGCUGCUCAACUGCCUGUGCGAGCUCUCCAAGGAGGACAGCAAGCCGCUCUUCGCCUGGUGAGCCCGGGCCCCAGCACCCGCCACGCCUUUCCUGCAAUAAACGUGUUUGUUCCAAACCCGGGGGCCACCGUGCCUCCUGUGAGUCCCCUCCAGCGGGGGAAGGGCCAUGUCCGCCGAGGGAGAGCCCAGGGCCACAGGCGGGCACGCUGCGCAAGAGCAGGCACCUUCAUGGACCAGCGGGGCGCACCCAGCGCCACAGUCCCGCCAGCGCCCACACCUGCGGGCACUUGUCACACUUUAUUAAAAUCAUCUGUUUACUUGUUUA